GUCAGCCAGUCAGUCUAGCACACACACCACCACCACCAUCACCACCACCACCACAGUCAAACAGGUGUAGCCAAUGAAAGCAUCACUCAGCAGCCCAGGGAGGUGCUGGUGCUGUGUGCGAGGCUCUCAACCUGUCGCUGCGGCCGCCUCUGCCUCACCUCAACGGUACCCUGCACCCCCACCCCCGCCGCUCCACCACCACCACCACAACCACCACCACCACCACCACCUCCACCGCCUCCACCACCAGCCACACCCGCAGCAGCAGCAACAGCAGCAACAGCAGCAGCAGCAGCAGCAGCAGCAACAGCAGCAACAGCAGCAGCAACAACAACAACAACAACAUCCACAACAACAACCACAACAACAACAGCAACAACAGCAACAUCAACCACCACCACCACCACCCCCACCACCACCACCACCACCACCACCACCACCAACACCACAGCAACAGCCACACCAUCACCAGCAACAACCACAGCAACCACAGCAACAGCAACAACCGCUCCACCAUCACCACCACCACCACCACCACCACGGCCACCACGAGCAGCAGCAGCAGCAGCAGCACCACCACCCGCAGGCCCCGGCCCCACCUCCCCCGCCGCCGCCCCAGAGCGUGGCGGGGGUGGUGAGCCAGUUGGAGGGCGGCGAGGCCACGGAGACCUUCGAGGUGAAGGUGCACCCCGCGCUGGCCGUGCCGCAGGGCAUGGUGUACUCCGAGGACGCCAUAAACCUGGCGCCGGACAAGGUGGUGGGCAUGAUGGGCCUGGCCGAGCCCAAGGAGGAACAGGGCCUGCUGGAGCCCGCCCCGGAGUACAAGCCCAAGCUGUACCCGUGCCCGGAGUGCCACAAGGUGUUCCGCCACCCCAUGUCGCUGCACCACCACCGCCACGUCCACAAGGGCACCUACACGUGCCACUCGUGCGGCAAGGUGUUCUCGCGCCGCUGGGACCUGCACCGCCACCUCCACCGCUCCAAGAUGGGCUGCCGCCGCCCCAACCACGUCACCGCCACCUCCCCCCACGGCCCCCGCCGCCCCCUUGGCCAGCCCCGCCACGCCCCCUACUACGGCGGCGGCGGCGGCAGCAGCAGCAGCGGCAGCAGCAGCGCACCGAGCCGAGUUUGCUCUCGAUCUGAACAACCCCCUUCCAACUGACUGUGAUAUAACUAGGCGAUACUAGAGCAUAGAGACGUAUACAUAACUAUUAUAGAGACUUGUAUUUGUUGUGUUGUUGCGAUCAGCGCCGCCUCGCCGGCACUGCCUCUGUGAUCACCAGCCAAAGAUGGAGUGAGGCGCCGCCACCCUGGCCGCCCGACACGCCCCUCCGCCGCCACGCCGCUCGCCGCCCGCCGCCCGCUGCCCGCUCCGCCUCGCCGCCCCCGCCAAGCCGCCCGCCGCCCCGCCACGCCGCCCGCCCCUCCCCUCCCAGGAGCCAGCCUGUGCCUUAGCAGGCUUGCCCCUGAGGCGCGGAGGGCGGCGGGCGUGGCGGGCGGCGUGGCGGGGGACCGGGGCGGGGCGGGCGGCGCGGCGGGCGGCGGUAGCGGCGGCGGCGGCGGCGGCGGCGGCGGCGGCGUGUGGGGGCGCCAGGGCCGCCACGGCAGCGCCGCGUCCCGAGACAAGCCGCGUCACUCUCCCUCUCAAGGACACACACACUCCGUUUUGGUCUGUUUAUGAGUUACACUUAAGAGCAAUGGAUAAAAAGAUGAAGUUCCCUCCUGCAUCAUUGCUUGGUUCUUAGUCAGUUGAUUUAGUCAGUCUAGACCGCCUCAAUGUGAUAUAAUGCCCCAGUGAUGCUUAUUAAUUCUUCACGUCUUGGUUUUCUGUGAUAUUCGCUUUAUUUUAGUUGCUGCCAAUACCGUUCUGGCGACACACUUCCCUUAGGCUUGUUGUCUCUUCACUCCCAACUCUCUCCUGCCACUCAACUAUAUACACACACAUAUAUAUUUAGAGUGUUAUUGGUAUUGUCGUUCCUAUCAACAUUACAUUAUCAGCUACCAGACGUGAAUGGUAUGUCGAAACCUAGGGCAAUAAUAAAUGUUAUGAUAAUGAUGCCUGCACAUAAUUUCUUUCGCCAUGACCCUCAGUGACGGAGCCAACCCUCAGCCCGCGUCGAGCUAUGCAAUCCCGCGCCUCUCACCUCCCCCACCCCCCACCCCCACCCACCGUCAACCCCCCCUCAUCAACCCUCCCGUCAACCCUUCACUUUGAGGAAAAAAAAUAACAAAAAACUCCCACAAAAAUCAAAUAUUCCCCUGGUUUAUUAUCCUUGUUUUUUCUUUUCCUCUGUAUUUAUUUGUGUUUUGCCAUUUGUUAGGCGACAGAGGGGCCCGCGGAAGCAGUAAUUUAAAUAUAGAAUCAGACUUUAUAGGUACCGUUAUCCUGUACAUGUUAUACUACUACUACUCUACAUGAUAUGCGUAUAUAUAUACACAUAUAAUCUACUACGUAUACAGUAACACUUUUUUUGUUUUGUUUUUCUCUGAAGCUGAGUGUUAAAUUAUUACUAUUAUUAUUAUUAUUAUUAUUAUUAUCAUUAUUAUUAUUAUUAUUAUAUCGAGUUAUUAGUGUUCCUUGCCAUAUUAAAGGAAUUAAGAAGGGUUUUUUUUUUGUUUUGACUUUUUAUUGAUUGGUUGGCGGUCUGCUUGGCCAGGCAGGUGUAGUGCUGCCCGGGCCACGCCAGCCACGGAGAAGCAUCUUGCAUGAGUCAGAAGACAAGACUGGAGACACACACACACACACACUUAACAAAACUAAGUGUCUGCAGAAAACUUUAGCACACUGUUGUUAAUAUUAUGGAAAAGAAAGGAAAAAAAUACAUCAUUUAGAAUUAGAUAUAUUAGGAAAAAUAUAUAUAUGAAUAUAUAUAUACAGGCUUUGCAGCUUUUAUUGCGAAGUUGUUAUAUUAUUGGACGAGGAAAAGGAGGAGGAGGAGGAGAAUUUGAAGAUGUGGAGGAAUAAAAACGGAGAAUAAGAAGGAGGAGGUGUGGUAUAAGUGCUAUUCGAAGUGCUGUGAAGUAAUAGUAAGAGUUACGUGCGGCCCAGCGCCAUCUGUUCAUUGGGUUAGGAACUAUUAGCCUACUGCAUUCUUAAGGUGUGCGCGCGCCGCCGCCCGCCCCCCUCCAGCCAUUGCAGUUUGUAAUCAGAAGGUAAACAUUCUUUGUACGGUUGUGGAACAUAUUAAAGAACAGCCUAACUUA